AUGAUGAUUGGGGAGUUGAGUGGGAGUACAAGAUUCUUAGGGAGCAGAUGUGCAUCCCAGAAGUUCUCGGAUCCUUUGGAACCUGAUCCUGCUCAGAACUAUGCGACCGACUCAAAUCAGAUGGUAGAGAAGAAGGCUGCUUCUAUAGUGGAUAUCUUGAAACAAUCAAAUUCCCUUCUGCCUCAUAUUGUCCUUGCUAGUACACUGUUGGCUCUUGUCUAUCCACCCUCUUUCACAUGGUUCACCACCAGGUAUUAUGCUCCUGCACUAGGGUUUUUGAUGUUUGCGGUUGGGGUUAAUUCCAGUGAAAAGGAUUUUCUUGAAGCAUUCAACAGACCGUCAGCUAUACUGGCUGGGUAUGUUGGUCAGUUUGUUGUGAAGCCAAUUCUUGGAUAUCUGUUCGGCAUAAUUUCGGUAUCAGUAUUUGGGCUUCCUACUCCAAUAGGUGCUGGGAUCAUGUUGGUAUCGUGUGUUAGUGGGGCUCAGCUUUCAAAUUAUGCUACUUUCUUGACGGACCCGCCGAUGGCUCCUCUAAGCAUUGUCAUGACAUCAAUGUCCACGGCUACUGCAGUUUUUGUUACACCAAUGUUAUCACUAUUGCUCAUUGGAAAAAGACUGCCUGUUGAUGUGAAAGGAAUGGUAUCCAGCAUUACACAGAUUGUAGUUGCUCCAAUUGCUACAGGCUUACUUAUAAACAGGUUGUUUCCACAGAUUUCUAGUGCUAUUUGUCCGUUUUUGCCACCAUUAUCAGUACUAGUAACAGCUUGUUGUGUUGGAGCACCACUUGCUAUUAAUGUUGACUCCGUUAUGUCCCCUUUUGGAGUAACCAUAGCAUCUCUUAUUAUUGCAUUUCAUCUAUCAGCUUUUGUUGCUGGUUACUUUUUGACUGGUUUUGUCUUCCCUAAGGCAUCUGACUUAAAAGUGCUGCAAAGAACGAUAUCCUAUGAGACAGGAAUGCAGAGCAGUCUUCUAGCUCUUGCACUUGCUAACAGGUUUUUCAAAGAUCCACUUGUUGCUAUGCCUCCAGCAAUCUCAACAGUAAUCAUGUCUUUGAUGGGAUUUUCUCUUGUCAUGCUUUGGGGCAAGAAGAAAGAAUAG